AUGAAUCCCAUGCAGCCGCCAAAUAUGCAUGCUCCACAGGAGAUGUACAUACCUGGCAAGAGGCCCAUGAUAUCGCCAGGCUUAUCUGCAACAAGCCCCAUGGUGUGCAUUGCUUCACAGACACAGGCCUCCCCAAAGCCAAUUUUCACCCCCCUGCCGCUGCAGAGUGCUGAAGUGACAGCAGAGUGCCACAUCGCCACCGCAUUUGUGAAAAUCGAAUUUGUGGUGGAUGCUACCAAUACACAAGGUGGCCCUGGCGUUCUGAUCUUGCCAAAGAACUAUGACACAACAGUCACAGAAGCCAAGAUUCAAAAUUUGACUCAGCACUCUGUUUAUGCCACAAUGGUGGUGCCAAAGGAUGAAGCAGGGCGGUAUGCAGCAAGGAGUGGAAACCGGGUUAACCCAGGAGCUGCAGGCGAAGAUCCUGUAGAUCCAAACAAUCCGGAGCUGUUCAUUAUUAGUUUCGGAAACAUCAAGCCUCGUGAUCUGUUCCGUGUCACAGUUCAUUUCUUCCAGCCGCUUUUGUUUCAACAGGGUUACUACCAGCUUCAAUUUCCGUUGGAGUGGCCCCAGCAGAUGUUGAGUGGUGGUUCUGCACACCUGAGCGCAUUGAUGCACAUAAACUGCAGUAUCAACACUGGCGUCCCAACUGAAGUGAACUGGAAGUGCCCCACACACAAAAUGGUGCCAAAGACAGUGCAGCCUGGGCGGUUGGUGUUGGCAGCUGAUAGGGAGGUCAAGUGGGAGAAUUCAGACUUCAUGAUCGGCUAUGAAGUAUGGGGCAGAGCCAUCGUGGCAUCCAUGAACAUUCAAGCCCCCAAUCCAGUGAACAAGGCACAGGACCCUCGGGGAAAUUUUGCACUUUCAGUGUCUCCACCAGCACCAGAUGUGACUCAGCCUUUCGUGAAGAGUGUUAUCCUCAUUGUCGAUCGGUCUGGCUCCAUGCAAGGAAAGCCCAUCGAGUAUGCCAAGAAAGCCCUCAUGGCUGGCUUGGACAUGCUCAGUCCGAUGGACUUGUUCACUAUAAUAGCGUAUGACCAUGAGCAGAUCACUUGGUCUGGUACCCUGAAGGAAGCAACUCAAGAAAAUGUCUCCAGUGCCAACCACUGGAUCUCUGGAAAUGUUGUGGCAAGGGGCUUGACAGACAUCAAGACGCCCUUGCAACAGGCUAUUCAAAUGCUGCAGGGCAGCCCCUUUGUGCCGUAUAUCUUCCUGCUGACGGAUGGUGCUGUGGAGGAUGAGCGUGACAUCGCACAGUAUCUGCAGAAUGAGGUGAACAUCCCAGGGGCAGCAGACUUGUCCGUUCCACGGGUGUCAACAUUUGCAAUUGGGCCCUAUUGCAAUCAUUUCUUCUUGAAGCAGUUGGCAGUUAUUGGCCGAGGCAUGUUCGAUGUGGCGUUCACACCGUUCAGUAUUCAGGCUCAAAUGGAGCGGAUGCUUGAUGCAGCUGCCAAGCCUGUGCUGACCGAUGUUCGGAUCAGAAUGGAUGGACCGACAGAUGUUGAACUGUAUCCUUUUCCCAUUCCGGACUUGUUUGUGGGUCAUCCGCUGCUGGUGUCUGGCAAGUACAAUGGAAAUUUCCCUCCAACGGUUCAAAUACUGGGCAAACUGCCAAACGGUGAUGAGUGGUCUCAAGAUGUUCACACAACACAGGCAGCGGCGAUCCCUCUGGACAAGGUGUUUGUCAAGCAGCGCCUGGAUGUGCUGACUGCCGCUGCAUGGCUGAAUGAUGAUGGGAAAAUGGUGCAACAGGUAAUUGAAGAGAGUGUGAACUCUGGCAUUGUGACUCCCCACACAUCCAUGCUGCUGAUGCAGACAACAGAGGAGAACCUUGAGGAUAUCAAGAAGAAAAAAGCUCAAGGCAAGAAUGUGGUCCUUACCAAAUAUGCUGUUGGGGGCGCUGCUGGCAUAGCUUUGCUGGCAGGUGCUGGCUUGGCCUUUGGCUUUGGUGACAUCGCAUCCUCAGUCGGCAAUGUGCCGAUCCCAGAUUUUGGUGAUUUUGGAGGCAUAGGCGAUGUUUUCCCGGACAUUGCAGAUGGGAUUGGAGGAUUGUGUGGCGGGUGCGGUGACUGCUGCGGAGACAUUGGCACAUGUCUGGGCGACUGCUUUGAGGGCAUGGGGGAGUGCAUGUCUGAACUUCUUGACUGCUGUGGUACUUGCUUAGAAUGUUUGGGCAACUGUGACUUUUAA